AUGUUGUACUCCGCGCUAACAAAUAAGCGAAUGAUCGAAGUCAAGUUUACUUCCUUAAACGAGUAUUAUUCUAAAAAAAAUUAUUUUGGCAAAACGUUGAUUUUGAAGUUAGUUGUUCUUUUAAUCUGAAAUUUGUUUGAAGAAUUUCAAAAGUUUAAUUUUGAAAAUUUUAGCCGUGGAUUAAUAUCGUAUACACAUAGAAUGGAUGAGUCUGGAUAUGGAGGAUAUGAUGGAGGCUGUAUGCCUAUGGAUAACAUAGCAUAUAUAAGUGGCAGUGAGGUUCUAGGACAGGUGCCCCCGGGCGAUGUAGGAGAAGCGCCACCUGCUGAGUUGUCGUACGUUAAUGAAGACCCUGAGUUAGAUAUUGAUAUAAAAAUGCCAAAAAUGAAGUUUAAAAAAUUUAAACCACAAGCAAAACCUGUGGUUACUAGACGAUAUAACACGAAUAAUUAUGGAAGUACCUUUAGUAUUGUGGUCGGAGUUCUCAUCGGCAUCGGCAUUUUCCUAAUUCUUUACUUCUUUGUUAUCAGCGACUAAUUAAAAAAUGUGGACAACAACAUCAAUAAGAUUUUGAAACUGUGUCCGACAUUGUUGGCAUUUUUCUUAUUCUCGAAUUCGAUGACUUAUUCAAAUGUGAGCACAACAUACUUGAGUGCGAUUC